AGCUAACCAUCAAAGAGUGCCUACUAUUGCGUUUGAUGUUCUCCAUAAGGUGUUGUAGGAUGUUACCAGAAAAGACACCCAACAAAUAGUAAGAGAAAGACCAUUUCAUUCUAACAUUGCUUCUUUCUUUGAUUUUGAUCAGGUUUCCCAACACCUUGCCUCUUGUUUCAUCAUGAAAGAUGUACAAACUUCAAACCAAAAGGGUAAAAGCUGCUUCUGGGCAGAUGUGGAAUUCAAACUUCUCCAGGAUCAGACAAUCUCUUAAAAAUGCUUACCAUAAAUGUAAGAAGUGGCACCCAAAUUCAACUAGAUACCCAACUAUGACUUCCUAUGACUGUGACCAAGAUGACACGAAUGCUGAUGAAGAAAUGAAUCUUAUAGUAAUGCUCCAAGACAUUAAAACCGCCCAGAUUGAACUCCUCAGCCAAAAGACCGACAUUGUUGGUACAGUAUCAAAAGUCCAGGAAAGGACUGACUUUUAUCAGAAACAGAUGGAGGUACUGGAAACCAGAAUGAAUGUUAAUGAAGACAGACAGUGCGCCAUAACUAAAGAUAUCUUCUCUAUGAAAGAAGAUAUUGAUACUUUAAAGAAGAAGGUGACAGAACUGGAAAACCAGAAUUCUUGCUCCAAUAUACACUGUUUAGAGGUUCUGGAUGGAGAAAAGGGUAAAGAGCUCAUAGAACUUCUUCAUAAACUCAUACAACCAGAAACGUUGAAGAACACAUUGGCCUGUACAGAUUCUGAAAUCUCUUCCGCAGAACCAGAGAAAGUGCCCAGUUGUUCCAAGCCCACAGAUCACCUUGAGGAAAAAGCAAUUUCUCCCCAAAUGAAAGCUCUGAAGAAAAGCUGCCAUCAAAAUGCAUUAAGAGGCUUUCGAAAAGCAAAGUCAAAUAUUUGUAUUUACCCAGACUUUAACACAUGGAUCAAGCUAACUUUUGUCCAUGGAGGAAAGUGGAGAUUUUUCCUCAGUGCAACCAAGUUAGAGGAAUUCAUCCAGUGGCUUCUUUCCAGGCCAACGAUCCCUCCUGAGGAACCACAAGUCAUAACCCAGAGAUACUGUCCAUUCUCUGGGCCUAUUGCAAGCUUGACCGCAACCUGUCUUUCUGUUUUCAACUAUAUUUACUGUCUUUUUGGUUCCUCAAAAGAGGAAGUAACUCGACUAUAGAGUAAUUUCCUGCUUUGCUUGGUACAGAAUAAAUGUAACCUGGCCAUUCCAA